AUGUGUAGCAAGGCCCAUCCCCCUGGCUACAUGUGUAGCAAAGCCCAUCCCCCUGGCCACAUGUGUAGCAAGGCCCAUCAAUCUGGCCGCAUGUGUAGCAAGGCCCAACCCCCUGGCUACAUGUGUAGCAAGGCCCAUCUCCCUGGCUACAUGUGUAGCAAGGCCCAUCCCCCUGGCUACAUGUGUAGCAAGACCUAUCUCCCUGGCUACAUGUGUAGCAAGGCCCAUCCCCUGGCUACAUGUGUAGCAAGGCCCAUCCCCCUGGCUACAUGUGUAGCAAGGCCCAUCUCCCUGGCUACAUGUGUAGCAAGGCCCAUCCCCCUGGCUACAUGUGUAGCAAGGCCCGUCAAUCUAGCCACAUGUCAAGACCCAUCCCCUGGCUACAUGUGUAGCAAGGCCCACCAAUCUGGCCGCAUGUGGAACAAGGCUCUUCCCCCUGGCCACAUGUGUAGCAAUGCCCAUUCCCCUGGCUACAUGUGGAACAAGGUCCAUUCCCCUGGUUACAUGUGUAGCAAGGCCCAUCCCCUGGCUACAUGUCAAGGCCCACCCCCUGGAUACAUGUGUAGCAAGGCCCAUCCCCCUGGCUACAUGUGUAGCGAGACCCACCCCCUGGCUACAUGUGUAGCAAGACCCAUCCCCCCUGGCCACAUGUGUAGCAAGGCCCAUCCCUCUGGCUACAUGUGUAGCAAGGCCCAUCCCCCUGGCUACAUGUGCCCACCCCCUGGAUACAUGUGUAGCAAGGCCCAUCCCCCUGGCUACAUGUGUAGCGAGACCCACCCCCUGGCUACAUGUGUAGCAAGGCCCAUCCCCCCUGGCCACAUGUGUAGCAAGGCCCAUCCCUCUGGCUACAUGUGUAGCAAGGCCCAUCCCCCUGGCUACAUGUGUAGAAAGACCCACCCCCUGGCUACAUGUCAAGACCCAUCCCCUGGCUACAUGUGUAGCAAGGCCCACCAAUCUGGCCGCAUGUGGAACAAGGCUCAUCCCCCUGGCCACAUGUGUAGCAAUGCCCAUCAAUCUGGCUACAUGUGGAACAAGGCCCAUUCCCCUGUCCACAUGUGUAGCAAGACCCAUCUCCUCGCUACAUGUGUAGCAAGGCCCACCAAUCUGGCCGCAUGUGGAACAAGGCUCAUUCCCCUGGCCACAUGUGUAGCAAUGCCCAUCAAUCUGGCUACAUGUGGAACAAGGCCCAUUCCCCUGUCCACAUGUGUAGCAAGACCCAUCCCCUCGCUACAUGUGGAACAAGGCUCAUCACUUUCACUAAACUACUUUUUGAAUACCGCUUGA